CGCGUCACCGAGCGCAUCCUUGAGGAGUGCACAGGCACAGAAGAAAACAUCCUACAGCUCGGCCACCCAUUCAGCUGGAGGAACGGGCUGUAGUAAUACAUGGACAUUAAAUAGAAAUUUUCUUUUCUUUGCUUUUUAUUAUUUUUUCUUUUCGGAUCGCAGCCAAGUCACUGGAAUUUCAGAAUGGCUGAGAUGACGAAUGUUAAACCAACCUAUGAGGUGUCCCCAGUCCUUGCCGGGUUUCUUGGCGCAGGGGUCUUGGUCGUGUCUGUGACAGUGGCUGUUUUCCUGUGGACUUGCUGCCAGCGACGCUACCGUCAAAUGGCAGGCGCCUACAAGCUGACCAGCGGUCCCUACGACCCACCUGUUGACCCCCCCUACAAGUUCAUACACAUGCUUAAAGGCAUCAGCAUUUACCCCGAAACCCUCAACAACAGCAAAAAGAUUGUACGGGUGGGCAGUCGCUCAGGAUCAGGGUCCUUUAUGAGAGAAUGGGGUCAUGGGUCCAGAAAUGGUGAUGUUCUCCUUGUAGAUCCAGAUACCGAUGGUGGACUGCUGAAAGGUACUCCGCACCUACAGAUGAACCACCUGGUACCUCCUGUAGGACCUCCCAGACUGGAGAGAGCGCUGCCCAUCCGGGCGGACUACUGCUGUCUGGAGAGCAGUUCGGCAAGCAGUAGCGAAGCACCUAGUAAAACAGCAACGCCCUACAGUCUCAAUUCGCCCUCUCUGGGCACGCUCAGUCUGGCCAUUGACUACAACUUCCCCAAGAAAGCACUUGUUGUCACUAUUGUUGGAGUGCAGGGGCUCCAUGCAGUGGAUGAACAGGCGGGCAGCUCUGACCCGUACGUGAAGAUGACCAUCCUGCCUGAGAAGAAGCACCGGGUGAAGACACGUGUGUUGAGGAAGACCCUGGAGCCUGUUUUUGAUGAGACGUUCACUUUCUAUGGGAUUCCAUACAGCUCGCUGCCCGAGCUCACACUGCACUUCCUGGUGCUCAGCUUCGAUCGGUUCGCACGGGAUGAUGUCAUCGGGGAGGCGGUCGUGCCGCUGGUGGGCGUGGACCCCAGCACGGGCAAAGCGCACAUCACCCAGCAGAUCAGCAAGAGGAGCACACAGUGUGAAAGUCAUGGGGAGUUGCUGGUCUCUCUGUCCUACCAGCCCGUUACUCACAGGCUUAAUGUGGUGGUUCUUAAGGCCAAACACCUGCCAACUAUGGACAUCACUGGCUUGUCAGGCAACCCAUAUGUUAAAGUCAACGUCUUCUACGGCCGCAAGCGCAUUGCCAAGAAGAAGACCCAUGUGAAGAAAUGCACACUUAACCCUGUUUUCAAUGAAUCAUUUAUCUACGAUGUUCCCGCUGAGCUAAUGCCGGACAUCUCCGUGGAGUUUCUGGUCAUCGAUUUUGACCACACCACGAAGAAUGAGGUGGUGGGUCGUCUGGUUCUGGGUGGUCAAAGCCCCAUUCCAUCAGGCGUGACUCACUGGAGGGAAGUUUGUGACAACCCACGGAGGCAGAUUGCCAAGUGGCAUAACCUUUCAGAGUACUAGCAUCUGGUUAACACAAGGGGAAAGCAAAGUGUAUCAUACCACUUUCUUCCUUUCACCCCCUCUAAAGAAAGAAGCCCAUUUAACAAUUUCCUUUCCCUAUGAGACAAGUGUGUGUGUGGGUGAGUAUGCGUGUCAACAUUUCAAAGGACCAUGGGUCCUACUAAAAAUAGGAAAAAUGAAUAUUUGGAAAGUACUCUGAUGAACCAAUAGCAAGAAAAGACUAUGAUUGAUCAUAGCAAAAAUAGCAAAAAAUAACCACAUAAAUGGUUUAUGGCUCUGAUUAGAUUCUAUGGGAAUUGUACCUGUAUGAAAGUCAUACCAAAGUAUCCACAGAGCCUUUUCACCAGUAUACCGGCAUAUGAGAAUAUACAUACAAUAGGCUACUUAGCCACAUGCUGGAGAUAAUGAGGCACUUUUAUAUUUUAGAAAAUAGGAGGGAUGUAUGGCAAUGUUUAGAUAGAAUCUGAUGAAUAGUCUGAUGUAAAGCAGACAUCAUCAAGGAUUUCCUUGAGCAUGUUAGCUAAUAUGCUAAUAUUUGCCCCCAGAAGACAAAGUUAAAAUAAAAUAUGGCUAUUUUCCAUAUCCAGCUAAAAAGAUUUACAUUUUGUUUUUGUAGCGAUAGCUUAAUGAAUCUGAAAAUAAUAAUAAAAUAAAAUUCUGAGAUGUUAAAUCUCUAGAGGAAUUCAAACUUUAAAUGUAGGCGAAUGCUGCCUUCAAGUCUUCCUGGGAAGUUCGUACUUACAGUACAUGGUCAAAAGUAGUAAAUAUGACGUGAUGCACAUUCAAGUGAUCUAAGUCAGAAAGAAUGUACUUGUUUUGCAAUUUUUAAUAUUUCUUUCUCUCAUUUUCACUUGACAAAGACAAGAAGUUUUUUAGCACCAAUGCAACAAAACAAAAAGAAAAGCCGCACAUUGAUAAAUAAAUUAUGCUUUAUCUAUCUACAGUAUUUUAUCAUUCUCGUGUCAUCAUCACAUAUAAUGAUGGAAAAUGUAGUUUUGUUUUACACGCCUGUCACAUCGUAAACCAGAUAAUUGAGCCUUAUUUUCAGUCAAAUUGUUGUUGCUAUUCUUCAUUAAAGGGUUAGUUUGCCCAACAUUUUUAAUUCUCUCAUCAUUUCACAUUCACCCUCAUACCAUCCCAGAUGUGUAUGACUUUCUUUGUUCUUUAGAACACAAAUUAAGAUGUUUAGAAGAAUAUUUCAGCUCUGUAGGUCCAUAAAAUGAAUGGGUGCCAUAUUUUGAAGCUCCAAAAAGCACAUAUGGCCAUCAUAAAAGUAAUCUGCCCGACUCAACUGAAUUAAUUUAUGUCUUCUGAAGCAAAACACUAGAUGUGUGUGAGAAAUAGGUCAUGCUUGUGAAUGUUUUUUUUGUCAAGAUGUACACAAUGUAUCAUAGGACGUAACAUUCGUACUCUUCAAUUUCUUUUUCCAUUCUGAAAUUAAUUAGUGCCAAAUAUUUAUUUGAAAUUUGACAUGCAAAUAGUAUCAUGGAAAUACAAGAACAAAAUGUUGAGCUUUUUAGCCACUCCAACAUUUAACUUUGAAAUGUUAGCUGCUUCAAUACCAAGUUUAGCAGAAAGCCUAUCCAUUCUGAUCCUAGAAAUCAUCCUGAUUUAUUAUUAUUAAAUUAUAUUGCUGACAAAAUAUGCAGAUUCUGACCAAUUUGUGCACUUUUGUAGAGUACUGUAUUUAUUUUUAUGAUUUGUGUUCAACUGAAAGAAUAUAUUUAAAUGUAUAUCAAAAAACGUCAAAUCAAUAAUAGGACUAAUUACUAUAUCAAAUCAGGACUUUGGCAUUCGCCAUUAACCAUUAGUCAAAACUAACCAAAGUAGAGAUAAUAGACCAACGGUUUUGUGGUGUGUUAAUCUCACCUCCUGAGUAGGUACAGUGUUGUGACCAUGAUGAAGCAGCUCACACUUAGACGAGCCUAGAGUCUGUGUUCACAGACAGUCAGUGUGUAUCGAUGUGUUCCCAAUUACAUCAUCCUGUGCCCACAAUGCCCCUGAGGCAGAUUUACAUGCCAUAUUCCCAGUGUGAAUGAGUACUUAGCUGGUAAGGCAGAAAGUGGGAGAUGAGGAAAAAGGUAUUGACUGGCUCAUUAGAGGUAAUUCAUAUUUAAAAUGUGAAAUUAAUAUAGCAGUAAAUUAAGCCCCAGCUUUUCCCCAGUGAAAUCUGCAAUCAAGCUCAUUGUGAAUUAUGAAUACCUCAUAAUGAGAUAAAGCAUUGUAAUUUCCCUCACUUUAUUCCAUACACAACAAAAUGAAGACAUCAUUCCAAGUCAAGGCUUGCAGAAUUACAGUUAAGAUAAAAAAGGGAACUCUUACACGCUACUUACACACAUAUAUUUUAAGCCCUGCAUGCAUAUCGUAUCAAACUUCUGCUUCAAAACUGGUGUAUUUAUUACAGUUUUUAGUGGGGUUUUUUGACAGCAAAAGCCCCUAUUGUAAAAAAAACAAAAAACAAAACAAAAAGGCAACCCAAAUGAAUGCAACCUAAGUGAAAUGAUACGUGCCUGUUUUUCUUUGUUCACCCACAGCUCGUUGUGUUACUUGGAUCUUUUUGGAUCUUUUGGGCAUAAAUCGUUUGUUUUAUAUCAAUACUGUAGACUUAAAAAUAAAAGAAUAUAACCAAUUGUAAAUGAGUGUUUGUUCCAAUGCAAUGGUGGGCAGUAGCACUUUCUGCUCUUCUCGUAUCUGUUUUAUCUGGAAUGGAAAUGGAUUCUUUUUGUGUAAACCUCCUAUUUUGGAGAGCUCUAUCAUUCUUUUUCUCUCUGCCACUGGUCCAUAAAGAGAAAGUUCACCCAAAAGUUAAAACGAUGUCACCAUUUAUUCACCCUCAUUUCAAACCUGAGCGACUUUCAUUCCUUCUUAUGUGGAACGCAGAUUCCUGCCUAACAUCUCCUUUCAUGUUCCAUGUAAGUCAUACGGGUUUGGAACGACAUGAGGGUAAUGCAAUUAUGACAUCAUUUUAAUUUUGGGGUGAAAUAUCCCUUUAACAGUCCCUUUAAGUUGUUUGUUGUUGUGUGUUGUACAAAUAAAUUAAAAGAAGUCAAAAUGAAAGGAUAAGACUGAUUAUAAUAAAUAUAGUCGAUAUGGUUAAGAUGGAGUCAAAAUAGUGAUUUGGCUUAAAUUUAGUUGUCCCUAAAACCACUAUACCUAAAUGAUGAACAAAGCACCACAAUUGUAGCGUGAUUUCAUGUUGCUACCUUGCUUUUCAAUAUUUGGAAGUACAAGCAAGUUGUCUAUGUAAUGGAAGUACAGUGUAAUAACAUGUACUAAUAUAAUAGACAUCUUUCCAUUAUUACUGCUGAUUUCACUACAUGAUAUUCAGGGGCAUCUAAUAUAAAGUGUGAGCUGUAAUGCUUUUGAGGCCAAGUUAUCUGCAUACGGCUACCGUGUUUAUGCUAAAUACAGUAUGUUACACUAAUGCUGACUUAUGUUCAAUUUGUUAACACAAUGGACGUGCAAAUAAAAUAAAAAAUGUUACACUAGAUCAGAUGUUCCCCUCUUUU